GCGUCUGCGCAGUCCAAUUUUUCACCCCUCUUUUUUUCAUUUUCACUCCUACUCUGGCUUCCGGACGCCAAGAUAGACCGCUGCCGCCGAAUUUAAAGAGACAGGCAAUAGUUAUUCCUAAUACGAUAAACGAUAACCAUUGUCUUUUGCUUAUUUUUCUUCACCUCUUCUGCUGGUUUCGAUGGCGGCAUUUGUCCACAGACGUGGAGCGUAGCAGCUCGUCUGUCACCACUCUUCACUCUGCUCACUUUUUCGUGCCUUUGCGUUGUAGCCAGACUGUCCAGCGAGGCAGAGUGAGCCUGCUUGCUGGCAGACUGGCUCUUUCCCGACCAAGAAAAACGGCUAGCCAACAAUUGGAGGUACAUCGAAGCUGCUGUGUUAAGUUGCGAUACUGGCUGUCUAGCCUUCUAUCGCCACCGCCGGGAUAAUGGCGAAGAUUCAGACGCACACCACCACGAAGCAAAUAAACCAAAUUCAAGACAAGCCUUAUGUCAUAACACAAAAACAAGUGCAGCAGCAGCACUUCCAGAAGCUGAAGGUUGAAGAUGCCUUGUCAUAUUUGGACCAAGUCAAAAAUCGGUUUGCAAAUGAUCCAGGAAUAUACAACAAGUUUCUCGACAUCAUGAAGGAGUUCAAAUCACAGAGUAUUGAUACUCCAGGGGUAAUAAACCGUGUCUCUCAGCUCUUUCAUGGACACCCGGAUCUUGUUUUGGGGUUCAAUGCCUUCCUCCCACCGGGGUAUCGGAUAGAGGUGCCUAAAAAUGGGGUGGCUUUCCUUCAGUCUCCAUUUUCUGCACAGGUGUCACUGAGCCAACAGGGCAAGACCUUUACUACAUCUGUGGUGACUCCGCCCCCUGUGAGUGCCUCUGCUUCCCACUCUGAAGGUGCACAUGGCCACAGCAGUGAGGUCAAACCUGCAUCCGCAGAGCCCCUAUCGUCCCCGUCAACCACAGGACCCCCAGAACCACCUAGCAGACUCUCUCUUCCCCUCAACAACAGAGAGGGUCAGGCUGCCACCUCCUCAGUUUCCCCCCCAGCUGCAGAAACCAGCCCAGUGGAGUUUGACAGUGCCAUCAGCUAUGUAAACAAAAUCAAGAAUCGAUUCCUAGAUCAUCCUGAGAUUUACAGGGCCUUCCUGGAGAUUCUUCACACAUACCAGAAAGAACAGUUAGAGGUGAAAGAAAGUCGAGGGAAUCGUAGUAGCAGUGGGAUGACUGAGGAUGAGGUGUUCUCUAAAGUGGCCAGCCUUUUCAAAGGACAAGAAGAUCUACUGGCUGAGUUUGGUCAGUUCUUGCCAGACGCAAAGAGAUCUCUGUUUACUGGAAGCUCACUGACAGGGACUAAAGAGCCACUCAAAAGACCAGAGGAUGACGAUACAAUAAACAAACAGAACAAAAAGAGACCCAGACCUGUACUAAUGCAGCAUAUGUCCCCACUUCUUAAGAAAAAAAUGAAGUAUUCUUGCACCAAAGACCAAUCCUUUGCCUCUGUUGGUAAACAUGGCGUAUUAAGAGAAUUCUCCUUCUUUGAUAAAGUUCGAAGACUGUUUAAAAGUCAAGAAGUUUAUGAAAAUUUCUUGCGAUGCAUUGCGUUGUUUAAUCAGGAAGUUGUAUCUGGAGCCGAACUGCUUCAGCUUGUAACUCCUUUUCUUGGGAAAUUUCCUGAGCUGUACUCACAGUUCAAGUCAUUUCUGGGAGACAAAGAGCUCUCUCAUGCUGUCUCUGGGUUGUCCGAUCGCUACAUGGAGGGGGGAGGAGGCAGGGAGGUGGAUUAUGCCUCAUGUAAACGCCUUGGCUCGAGCUAUAGAGCUUUGCCCAAGACCUACCAGCAGCCCAAGUGCAGCGGGCGCACUGCAUUGUGCAAAGAGGUGCUGAAUGACACCUGGGUCUCCUUUCCAUCUUGGUCUGAGGACUCCACGUUUGUGAGCUCCAAAAAGACUCCCUAUGAGGAGCAGUUGCACAGAUGUGAGGAUGAGCGAUUUGAGCUGGACGUGGUCCUCGAGACAAACCUAGCCACUAUUCGGGUCUUGGAAAGUGUUCAGAAGAAGCUGUCACGGCUGCCACCUGAUGACCAGGACAGGUUCAGAUUAGACGACUGUCUGGGCGGCACCUCCGAGGUCAUUCAGCGACGAGCUGUGUAUCGUAUCUAUGGCGACAAAGCCCCAGAGAUCAUCGAAGGCCUGAAAAGAAGUCCCAUUACUGCUGUGCCUGUGGUUCUCAAAAGGUUGAAAGCCAAAGAGGAAGAGUGGAGAGAGGCACAGCAGGGCUUCAAUAAGAUCUGGAGGGAACAAUAUGAGAAGGCUUACCUUAAGUCGCUUGAUCAUCAAGGUGUCAAUUUCAAACAGAAUGACAUGAAAGCCCUGCGCUGUAAAAGUCUUCUUAAUGAAAUUGAAAGUGUCUAUGAUGAGCGUCAGGAGCAGAGCACAGAAGAGGGUGGUGCCGGGCAACAGGGCCGUAAUAGCUCUGGGUCAGCUCCACCCAGUGAACCCCACAUGGUUUUUACAUAUGAAGACAAGCAGAUUUUGGAGGAUGCCGCAGCUCUCAUAAUCUACCACGUGAAACGCCAGCCCACCAUCCACAAAGAUGACAAGGACCACAUCAAACGCAUCAUCCAACACUUUGUCCCCGACCUUUUCUUCUCACGACGUGGUGAGCUCAGCGACACAGAGGAGUGGACAGAUGAGGAGCCCGAGCCUGAAGAAGGAGGAGAGAGAGGCACAACCACAACUGCUCCUGGAGCCAGCGCUAACUCAACCACCACUGCUGGAGCAGCACCCAUUACUGGGGGGCAGGUCCAAAGUCAGCCAGCACAAACACAGAGCCAAGUGCAGCAGCAGGUGAACGGGGAGUCCAGGCGGAGGAGGGGCAGUCCAUCUCAGCCCACAGACCCAGAAACAACGACCCCCAGCAGCAUCAGCCAGCCCGCCGCAACCACCCCAACCACCCCCAUGGAGGCGAGCACUAGUGCCCCGGGGGAGAGGGUGGACCUGCGAGACCCUGAGGCAGAGCACCAGAAAGAGCUGGAUGGCGUCUACAAUCUUUUCUUUGUCAACAACAACUGGUAUUUCUUUUUGCGGCUGCAUCAAACUCUGUGCUCGAGGCUGCUCCGUGUUUAUCGGCAAGCUGAGCGGCAGCUGUUGGAUCACAGAGCUGAGCAGAGCCGUGAGAGACUGCUCAUGGCUGAAGGACGGAGGGAAAAGGCGUGUGACCUCGCCAUGGAGCUUCGCCUCAAACAACCAAGUGAGGUGGAGCUGGAGGAGUACUAUCCAGCGUUUCUGGACAUGGUGCGCAGCCUGCUAGACGGAAACCUGGACUCCACUCAGUAUGAGGAUACACUCAGAGAGAUGUUCACAAUUCACGCCUACAUUGGAUUCACCAUUGACAAAGUCAUACACAACAUUAUUCGACAGCUGCAACAUCUGGUGAGCGAUGAGGUAUGUCUGCAGGUGGUCGACUUGUACUUAGCAGAGAGGAAGAGGGGAGCUGCUGGGGGAAACCUGUCCUCACAGUGUGUCCGAGCCGCAUGGGAAACCAGCUACCAAUGGAAAGCCGAAAGAGUCAUGGCUGAAGAGAACUGCUUCAAGGUGAUGUUUAUCCAGAACAAGGGUCAGGUAUCUAUGACUAUUGAGCUUCUGGACACAGAGGAGGCCCAGGCUGACGACCCGUUAGACGUACAGUGCCUGUCAAGCUACAUGGAACAGUUUGUCGGCACAGAAUCCAGCUUGUGCUCACAAGUAGAGGGCUAUUUCUUCAAGCCUGUAUUUUUGCCAAGGAAUCUCCGGCGUUUCCGACGCUGGCAGGUGCGGCAGGUGGAGGCCAUGCGCUGCAGAAGAGAAUGGCACCGACAGCUGGGGGUGGAGAAUGCAGGCAGUCUGGACUGUCGCUUUAAGCUCAACACCCACAAGAUGGUGUUUGUUAUGAACUCUGAAGAUUACAUGUAUCGCAGAGGAGCUCUGGUCAAGGCCAGAAAGUCACAAAACAGAGUAGCAGGGAGCCAGCAUGAACGAUUUGACAAGUGGCACCAGGGAUGGCUGGCCAGUCAUGUGACCACUUCAGCUGAGCGCUCGGUGCAGAACUGGCUCAUGGGAGAAGAUGAGGAGGACAUGAUCCCCUGUAAAACCACCUGCCUGUCCACAGAGGUGAAAGGUCAGACAGUCCACAGAUACCAGGUUCAUUACAGUAGUAGCAAAGCCCCUGCUUCGCCUUAGUGAUGGACCUGCAGCAUACCACACACCACUUCACCUAAAUGCAUGGACUCCAGGACAUCCACGCAGCAAAUGGGACGCUUCUCAUUCAUUCUUUCACUCAUGAAGAGGCACUGUCCAGUGAAGAGUGAGUGCACCGCGGGGGAGCCAUGUGGACAUCUGGGACACAGCCACAGAGAAACUGUCAGCUGAGUCAGACACAAAGGCACAAUGGGACUUGUUUUUGUAUUUCUAUGGUUUUGGUGAACAGCACUAUGAUUGACAGAACUAAUGGACAAUAAUGGCUCAAUAAGAGGCAGGUUAUAAUGGAGAUUAUGUUUUGUUCAGAAAUGUGAAUGUCUGUUUCAUUACGUUACUUUUUAAAAAGUCAAGUGUAGUUUUUAGCUUCUAAAGCCAGAGAGCCUUUUGCCUGUUGGUUUGUGCGUUUAUAUGGAGAAACAAUGGUCAAAUGUGUGUGUAUGUGUGUCCUGCGCUCGUUUUCUUUGUAUGCAGAGUACAGGCUGUAUAACUCUUAAGUUCUUUAAUACUGUACGAGCAUAUAUAUAUAAAUAUAUACACAACUGGGAGUAUUUUAUAUAUGCAUUAAGUUGAUUGAGAAAUCAAAAGAUCAUGUGGUUCUUGUGUUUGCUGUCAGCCAACUUGAUGUUUUCAUUUUGUAUUCUUUUGUGUUGCUAAAAAAUCACAAGGCAACAAAACGUCUUUAGGUUUCGUUUGAUAUUAAGAAUCAGAUUAUGUAUCGACCAUGAUUUCACCAAAUGUUUACUUUGCCUUGUCUUUUUGCAUACUGACAAAAUAAAAGCAGAAUAUCAGUGUUAAAAUAGAAUGUAUAACAUUAAUCUUGUAUCAGUUAUGAAAUAAACAACCUAGUUGUGAUCUUCUUAAAA